AUGGGCAAAGUUGAUUACUUCGUUGUUGAAUUUUACGCAGGAAAAAGGACGUUUUACCCAGGGGAGGCAAUAAAUGCAGCCCUCUGUCUCAAGGUGAAUAAGAAGUUGAAGUUACAGGGACUUCGGAUUGAGUUCCAUGGUGAAGCAUACGUACACUGGAGGGAAAACGUCGGUGAGGCGAAUAAGAGCUAUAGCAACAGCGAAACGUACUUAGAUACUUUGGCAACAUUGUUUGGUAAAGGUGAGUGAAGGUGUGAUCAAGUCACGUUCAUUUCUCCGACGAGAAUUCAUCAGGUUGACAGGACCAUUUCGUACUAAAAUUGUUUUCUACGGGAGUUGAUUCUAUGUCAACUUGAAAUUGAAAUUAUUCUUAUCGUAAUAUGCACAAAGAUUUCUGGAUUUAUUGGCAGCUGGCGCAAGGGGUGGGGGUGGAUAAAUGAGAAAAUAGACCGGUUCUGUGGACAUUUUUGAGCGCAACCGAAAUUUGCUUUCUCCAGAAAAAGAACUACUAGCUUAUUGGCGAUUAUCAUGUCAUCAAUAUGUCAACGACGUUUAAGGCUUCGAGGGCGCUUGCGCCUUGCUUUCCAAAAUUUACAUUAUUAUUCACUCAAAAUAUUCCUUUGCUUCUGAUUAGCUAAAAUCCUACGUCUAAUUCUUCUUAACCAGCUAGCGUUGGCCAAAUUUGGAAGACGUCUGCGAUAUCCAGGAGGUGGCGUCAAUAGUACAGAAUAAUCGCCAGAAAAAAUGAGCGGCAUUGCAUUUGAUGCGUCUGAUGCGUGUUGUUUGGGGGCUUUAGCAACGACGAUGGCGACGACAACGAGAGCGUCAUAAAAGCAAUAGAGUGUUUUCACAUAACUUCAUGGCGGCCACAUUGGUGUCCCAAAACAAUGAAGCGGCGGCCAUGUUGGUCUCCCAGACUAAUCCUGAGGGAGUUGAACUCUUUUCUUAUGCAAGCGCUUUCUUUUGUUCCAAUAAAAUUGCGUUGAUGCUGGCCACGUGAGUGAAAACGCCCCACAGGUUUAUUGAGCAACACUAUAAAUUUGCACGUGCAUUACACUUUUCUUGUUCAUUUCUAUGAUCACGGUAGCCUGUGUACAGACGUCCCCGCUCCCUCAGGAAAAAUCGGGAGAGGAGACGUCUGUGAAUCGCCGUCGUUAAUCGUGGAGCUAUGCUGUCAUCACAGUCCAUGCUUCGGUAACACGUUAUUCAAUACCAAGACCGAACACUGAAUUGGAGACACUCAAGAUCUUAGCACUGGCACCAGUUUGACCUGAUCCUCAGCAGAUGCUCCAGUCUUUCAAGCAUUAAGAUCAGGCGCAGUUUUCAGGGUGCUGAUUGCGAUACGAACUCUUCCUUAGUGUGCAGCAAAGUAAAACCGCGAACAAGGUAGGUGGAUAGCAAAAAAGAAGAGAGAAGGCCACGCAUUGACAACAGCAGACUCCGUGAACAGACUAAAGUGGAGGGAUUUGCAAGUGCACAUGAAGAAUCUUUUCCAGGCCUGCCCGAUGCUAACGCAUGCGAUAGAUGGAAGCAUUUUUUUGAUGCACAUCUUCAUUGUAAAUAAGUGUUAUCUUUUCGACUUCUGCGCUAAAUAAAAUAUCUAUCUAUCUAAUGCUGUUCACAGCGCCACCUUGUCCAUUUUGGGCGGGAAGACCAACAAGAUUGCUGACCUGUUUGAGUCCCACUCCGAAGAGAUGCAACCAUUCAUUGAUGAAAUGAGGAGGGCCUUCUCUAAGCCGCUCGAAGCAAAGUCCAGCAGACCGCCAGGGGGUGCGCAAACGACUACUGGCUUCAGCUCUGCUCUCAGAUAAGGUCAGUAGCUGAGACAGAUAUUAGGGGGAUGUAUGAUAGAGUUUCGCUCCCGUGUAUGAAGGGGCUACUUUAGUUCCCGAACUAAAGAGCAAGAGUGGCGCAGUGGUGAGAGCAGUCUCCUUCCACCAAUGUGGCCCAGGUUCAAAUCCUGGCGUCGACGCCAAAUGUUGGUUGAGUUUGUUGUUGGUUCUCUCCUUUUCUCCGAGAGGUUUUUCUCCGGGUACUCCGGUUUUCCCCUCUCCCUAAAAACCAACACUUCCAAAUUCCAGUUCGAUCGGGAACUCUCGAACACAUUUCAACCAGUUCGCAUGAACUCCUAAGCGUCCCUGGAUAAACAAAUUAUAAUUACAAUUACAAUUUUACAACGAUAACCCUAUUCUUCAAAGAUUACUGAAGACCUGCUCUAAAUUUCUGAGGAUAAGGAGAACACUCGCGUACGUCUGUCGUUUCGUCCAAAGUGCUAGAGAGAAGAACUUCAAGACAGGGCCUAUUACCCUUCAAGAAUGGAAAGACUGUUAGAAUCAACACUUCAAGUGGAGCCAAAUUCACUUAGAAUCCUCUGUCAUUGACGAGAAGUUUAUUUCAAGCCUGGACAACAACGGAAUAAUUCGAGCUCAUUGACGGCUCGAAGUGGAUGCUAGAUGGUUGCCACAAGAAAUGAGAAAUCCUGCUAUUCUACCAAGCGGUCAUCUACUUGUCCAGUUGAUACUACGUCAUUUACACGGAAAGCGUGGACAUUUUGGUAACAAAAGCUUAACUCAUGAAGACGGAAGAAAUUAAUGGAUCACAGAAGUCCGCAGCAUGUCUAAAGCUCUCACUGCAAAGUGCAUCAGGUGCAAAAACCUUCGCAAGAAACCGCUGGACCAGCUAAUGGGGCAUAUCCCAUUUUUACGAGUGACAGCAGGGAUUCUUCCCCUUUCCAACACCGCCAUUGACAUGUUUGGCCCUUGUAUAUCAAGCUCAAUCGGGCGGCAAGGGAAGUUGAUGGCUUUCCGUCGUUUCGCGAGCUUGCAUGGCCACCGGUGUGUUUGUUGGUCGGACCGUAGAACAAUUUUACAGGUGCGCAAAGUUACUUAAAGGAAAUUAUGCAGAGCUGGAACAUUCCCAAGAUUCAUGGUGUUCUAUACCUGAAAAAUUCCCCUUUAAUUUCAAAUGGUAAUGGAAUAUAGCUCACGCAAGUCAUCAGAAUGGCGUCGUGGAAGCUCUCAUCAAGUCCGUCAGACAAAGUCUCCUCUCUCUCCUAGGAAGUACACAAGAUCGAGUAAACGAAUUUUGGAAAUGCUGAUGAGGCACUUCGCACCAAAAAAAUUUAUUACCAGGGAACAAGUGGUUCCGAACCACAUAAAAUGUUCAAGUUGAUGAAUAUUGAAUAUUUAAUUACCUUAGCGCCGACACCUUGACUUUGCGCGACGCGGGGAAAAAGGUCAGGUGACUGUUAUUUAAAAGCAAGAUAUUCGUUCUGCAACUUACAUUUUCAAUUUGUCACUGAUCACGCAUCCAAGAUACGAAGCUAACUAGCCAUAGCCGCGUAUGGAACACAAAUUGUAAGUUAAUAUUUGUCAGUCAUCGCUUGAACCGAAAUUGAUUUGUACAGUAGGCCCUUUUUGUAAUACUACUAGGACGACACAUUCGGACGCCACGAUUCGAAUUGGUAUUGUCAAUAGCAAAUAAAUUCCAAGUGCGUAAAACUCUGUUAGUGGUUAAUCUUCAACUACUAGUAGCCCUUUCACACACAGGAGCGAAACAGAUGGUAUUAAGCAGGUCUUAGGUCCAACGAAGAAGAAAACUGCCCCUCUGAAGUCCGCCACAGGCCGGGGCUCAUCCAAGAUCGGGCGAAGCAGUUGGAACGCUGGGUGCAGCACUACUCAGAGUUUUACCCCAGAGAGAAUGUAGUAACAGACGAAGCCCUAAACGCAAUCAAGUGCCUUCCUGAGUUGGAGGAGCUUGACAGUGAUCCAACCCUUGGAGAGUUAAACAAAAAGGCUCUCGACUGUCUUUCCUCUGGCAAAGCACCUGGAAAGGACACCAUCCCUGCCGAACUCCUGAAGUGCUGCAAAGGAAACAUCAACGAUCUCUGAGCUGCAUGAGAUCCUUUGUCUCUGCUUAGAAGGUGUCAAUUACCAUAGGACAUGAGAGAUGCAAACAUCGUCACUCUGUACAAGAACACGCAACACUACGGCUACAUUGUUUACACAACUGAAACAGAGACGUUUGUACUACCUUUUUGGCCAUAAUGUGAGAAUGGACGACAGCCAGAUCCUAAAGGAUCUGCUUUAUGGCGAAUUUGCUCAGGGAAAGCGCCCCACUGGCAGGUUCCAAUUACGCUACAAAGACGUCUGCAAGGGGCACCCGAAAGCCUCAGGCAUUGACAUCAACGAACUGGAAACCUCGGCUUCAGAACGUUCAGCGUGGAGGCAGGUUCAGCGUGGAGGCAGGCAACGAAGCAAGCCCUUUCUGAGUUUAAAGAGACACUUUCGGAACAGGCUGAGACAAUUAAAAAGGGACAAACGAGGAAUGCCCGAAGUAAGACCAGCAACGAAUUACAUCUGCUGACUGCGCGAAAGGGACAGUCAUUCCCGAAUUAGUCCUUCCAGCCACGCAAGUCGCUGUUCGAGAACCACCAAUCACAGUGCGACACCAUAGUCCUUCGAUACUAUAGGAUGCCAAUACAUAUAACUACCCACUAACCCGCCCACCUACCUACUUGUAUGUGUAAUCAAAUGGUGACGGGUGAAAUUAGGGAAUAAUUUCACGCGCGUUUUGUCCAAAUCCUAAUAAUUUCCCGAGCCUUUAGCUAUUAAUAACAUGGGUGACGAAUUACGUUAGCAAUAUUGGAUUUUUGACAUGUUUAUCCUGGAUCGUAUCGAUCGAGAGCUCCACUCUCUCAAAUGUUUAGACCUUAAAUUUGGCUUAUAAAGUUCAGAAUCUUUCAGACUUUUUCGGCAUAAUACCUGUUAGAAUCCUUCUUGAUGUUCUCUUGUGUGUUCAGGUUUUCUAAAACGUCUUUUUGUGCCUUGACAUCUUCAUUCACGGCAUUUUAAAACUUCGUCGCCAUCUUGACACUUAGACGUACGGAAGGGUUGCCAUGGCAAUUUUGUAAUUUCACAUGUGAAAUUACAAAUUAACGCUGAAAUUUCGCGCCAAAAUUAAGGCGUAUUUCGUCACCUAUGAUAUUAGCCUAGUAACCUACUGUUUCGUUCAGCAGGCCCAUGUUCGAGAUGGGACUCAUGUUUUAAUUUACUUCCCUGUAUUAGAGAUUUUGUUGCGCGAAUAUUAUAUGUUGCCAGACCAAGUGCCUUUGUAGAGAAUCCUCGUACUCAAGGCUUGUAAUUUGUUCGCAAUUGGUUAUUAAGUGGCUGGUCUUUGAUUUGGAAAGGAACCUCAAUCCAUCUCAAUACCCUGACUAUUUACCUGCCUCCCUGCCUACUUAUAUACGUACCUACCAUCCUACCUACAUUGUACCUGCAUGUCUAUCUUCAUUCAUUUGCAGACCUAGGCCAAAGUGGCGAUGACCCAGUUCUCCAGCCUGGUGAAUACUCUUUUCCAUUUCAGUUCUUAAUCCCAAAUAUAAUUAUGCCGGCUUCAGUGGAGUUAAAACAUGGUCAUGUACGCUACUGGUUGAAAGGAAUUAUGGACCGUCCAUGGAGAUUUGAUAUCAUCACUAUAGCGGCUGUUACCAUUUUAAAAUACGUGGACAUCAAUAUUCCUCAGCUUUUGGUGAGUUUUCAAUAAUAUAACUACCUAGAAAUGCGUGUCUCUUGGCCGAACCCCGUGAAACUCAAGGAAAUGCUCCGACAGGAGGACACAAAGGUGAAACAGCCAACAAAAGUGAAAAGGUAUCACUUGACUGAGACUCAUACCCAAGAUCGACUGCAGCAUCGGGACGGCUUUGUCACUUCACCACAAAAUCCCGCAACUUUACCCAAAAACGCCGUUUGAAGCUUUAAGCUAGCCUAGUCGAGACGUGUUCUGAACUACCCACCCAUAAGUGGGUCCGAAUACGAUGGUUUUAACUAGUUAUUACCUUUUACAGAAGAGCUUGAGAAUGCUAAAGAGAAUUCUUGGAAGGCCUAAAUAUUUUAGUUUGGCGUGAAAAUUUGCUUUAGAGGAAAUAAUAUUUUCAAUUAUUGCCAUGAUUACAUGUUCGUAAUCAAUCUGCAAAUAUACUUCUUCAGCAGGUGUAGCCUAUAAUUUCAGGUAUCAUCAUUAUAUUUGGUUCAAAGUGUACAUUUUGAAAUCGCGGAGAGGAGGCAACAGAGUAUGAACAUCACGAGAUUGCAAAACUGUGAAAAUUACGACCUAAUUAAGGGACCCUAAUCAUAGCAGAUCGAGGUCUCAAUCAGAUUUUUCUUUUAAAAUCAGUAUUUGAAAUAAGUAUUCCUAUGCACAACUUAAUUCUUAUAAUUAUUUUCUUAGCGACCUUGUCAGAAGGAAGAAGAUCGUAACGUGGGAUUUCUUUGCUGCGUUUCUGGCUCACUUAGCACUACUUUCUGUACUGACAGAGGAGGGUACUGUCCAGGAGAGUCUAUUCGUGUCUCGACGGUCAUAGAUAAUAAGUCCAAAAAUGAAGUUGUUGGUCUGAAGAUACAACUUCUUCGAAUCAUCGUCUUGAUUGCCUCUUGUGGUGGGUAACUGAAAGAUUUCAUACUUACGAAUUAGGUUAUGUUUACACUCUAGCUGACAGCCCUUACCCCAGCACGAGAACCAUACCCGAUAGGGCUUCAGAUCUGACAUAAAAGCCAUGAUUUCGGUGCUAUUUCCUGUAACAAAGCGAUCGAAGCUGCGCUGUAACGAUCUUGAAAGUGUGAGCAUCACAUAUCGAAUAGGUUCUCUGCACAUUUUGGUGCAAAGUGAACCGAAAUUCGGACCGUAGCAGAAGUGAAGGAGCAAGGUCUGGAAUCCUUUGAGGUGGAAGUAAAUUGGCGAACCCCUCAGGCACGAUGUUUGAUGUUUGUAAACGACCUAUUCCAUUUGCGUGCCUUUGCUGUUGGUAUAUACGGGGAUGGCGUUUCGUGUCGACUCGAAAGGCUAUCCAGUUUAUUAGUCUAUUAGUGUAAACAUGGCCUAAGAAAGUGAUUAGUGGCACAGAGGUAAUUCUGAUCAAUGAGAAACUACUAAAGUUGCAUGAUAGAAUUAAUUAUAUAAAGAUGGUAUUUUAAUGUACGAGGCUGAGUAUGAUAUCAAGAUAUUCCUUUAUCUGAGAAAGGGCUAUCUGUAGGACCUAAACUCUGCGUUGGAUCUGCACGCAAAACAUAAUUGUUCCUAUCAUACCCGGCGGUCUAUUCCUAGUGAUAUUACCCAAGAAGAAGUUUUCGUUCUAACUCGAAUGUGUGUAUAAUGUUAUGAAAAAAAUAUAAAAUAGCACUGAAGAGAUGACUUACAUUGGGAAAGUUAUUUAAACUUUGAUUUCCUGCCAUUUUGUUACUAAUAAUAACUUAUAAAACAUAAGGCUCAUGUGGGGCAUUAUCUCUUUUACGCUAUUUCUCAUAACCAUCAUCUAAUUAUUAUCAUUAUCAUUCGAUUCAACUUUUUUCCUUUUUAUUGGCCGAGAGCCACCACGUGACCUGCAAAUAACCGCCCACAAAUAAUAUAAUGGUCUGCUCAUGCGCAAAGUCGUCCAAUUGUGUUUGGCUGCAAAUAAUAUUCUGCUCAUGAGUAAAUGAAACCACACUUUUCUCCUUCUUGCAAUCGCUCUUGCUUGAAAAUGGCAGAUCGCCUCGAUCGUUUCUCAAAGGUAUUCAAAAAACAAACUCGAUGGUCAAUGAUAAUGACCUGCUUGCCACCGACAAUUCACGAUAUUUUGCUCAACCUCCUCCAAUGACUGUUAAUUAUUUUGAUAUAUUUGUAGGAACGGCUACACACUGGGAAGAUAAAGUUGCAUCCAUCUCUAAGGAAGGAGUAAAGCCUGGAGACACUUUAGUAUCACAGCUGCAACUGCCAGUUCCCUCUGUACCUCAAACUAUGCAAAGCUGCAGUUGUUUGAAGAUAUCAUAUCUCCUAAGGGUAAUAUAAUCAAUAUCUAUUCAUGGUGAUUUGUGAGAAAAGUCGUCUCUGUGAGAUGUUCUUAGAGAACAGUCACUUGCUUCUAAUUUGAGGCAGCAUUUGAGGUGCUGUAAAAUGCCUGGGUUUGAGUUACGGGAGUAGUAUAGUGAGGAUGAAGUUAGCCGUUUUUGAAAUUAGAUGUCAUUAAUAGGUAUCGCAUUAAGAUAACGUAACUCUCUCCUUCGAUGUCGUGCCCAGUAUUACUGGCUUGUGAGGUCUUAGCAAAACGAUUUGGUUGGCUACUCACCGAGGACAAAAGUGAACAUGAGUAGGGAGGGCAAACAAAUGAGGACGACGAUAGGGAAAGCUGAUGAUGAUGAUGGUGAUAAUGACAAGAAAUCAGUUGUAGGAGCUGGAAGAAAAAUGAUAAAAGAUGAGGCGAGGGUGGAGGGAAGCCAAAGAAAAAGAAGGAGGGAACUACUAUGAAGAGGAGGCACAGGAGGUGGAUAGAUGGCGCGAUUGUACUGUGACUUAUUACCUUGAAUGAUCGCCAUAAAACGUAUUAAACUUGGACGACUAACUACAAGGCGUCUGUUCUAAUCAAUGUUUCAUCUCAUCUCGAGAGCUUAAGGACACAGUAUAUACUGUUCGCUGUUUUGUUGUGUACAAGUAUAAUUUUUCAAGUUGAAGAAUCCACAGUUAAUGUUAUUGGAAUUAUAAUGGCCAUUUACACAUCAUAGCAAACGACUAUUUUUUGACGAGCAGCAAAAAAGACGUUGUUGCAAAUAAACCGUGAAGUUUUCAAAUAAGCUGGCUAGGACUAUAAACUCUCGUUUAUAGCUCUUGUUGGCUCCCUGACUGCACGCCUCCAUUAUACUCCAUUAUAAGGGCGUAGGGUUGGCAUUAUUUACAUGCAACCCAGAAACCAUUUUAUGUGACUUAAACUCGAGAACGUGAAAAGGUAAUCCAUCCUAUGGCUUAAUUAUUUUUCUUAAAAUCUCUCAACAGCUGAAAGUUAGAGUGAAGGGUGCCUCCGACUCAAAAUUGUACAUUCCUAUCAUUAUUGGCACUCUUCCAUAUCGGCCCUAUUUUCCAGCCCAGUACCUGCCGUCAGAUGCUGUUUUAUCCACUAAUACUCCACCACUGACAAGACUAAAUGGAACCUCAGUGUAUCUACCAGCCACCUCGCAGAAAGGUGACAAGGCUCCGAAUUCUCCAAAUGCUGGUAAGGAACCUUCUUGUGUUCAUCGUGAUAUAUUACCUGUGGUUGGUCCACUAAUUAAUUACGCAUUAGAUCAUAUAUUUGAAUGCUAUUUUGCGCCUAAUAAAUAAUAAAUAAUAAUAAUAAUUAUAAAUCAUUAUUAUGUUUUAUUACAGGAGUCGAUUACUUUUAUUAUUAUAAUUAUUAUUAUUAUAAUUGUUAAGAAGAAAGCACUGGGAUCAGGCCCUAGUUGUUUAAAAGAUAUAGUUAACUCUAUCCUUGUAUAAAUAUUUAUGCAGAGGACAAUGCAAUUGCUUGAUUCCCCCUAAUACUCAUCAACUGGAUUGUGAUUUAUCUGCAGUGGAAAGCGCUAUCCAACUUUUGAACAACUGGGGUCAGUUAUCAGUGGAACCAGUCGCAUUGUCCUCUGGAUAGAGUUAUCCACAUUUUGAGCAACUGGACCCACUAGGGUGGUGCAGACUACACUAACUGAUGUGGUUGCCUCGUACCCUGACGUCACUCUCUCCAUGAAAAUUUGCGCGCAAAGGAAGACGGGAGAUGAAAACGUGCGAGCACCUCCCUUCUUUACCCUUCCCAUGGUCUCUUGCGGUUCUUCACCAGUCACUCGCGUUUCGCACUCGCCUGCCUCUAUGCGAAACCAGCUAAUGUGGCAUAAGAUUAUGACCUCCAAUAGGUUUUCUUUGAAUUGGGUACUUUGGUUUUCUCCUUGCUUCCGAAUGCAGACCUACAGUUGUUUUAAUUCCCACUGUCACCGCAGAGAGAAGGGGACUUAGUUGGACUUCAAAAGUCUGCAUUCUCCGGCGAGUUUACCCAUUUCGCCAUAAAUACCAACAUUCCAUAAAGGCUAAAUGAUAUUUCGAUCUUAAAACCUGCCCCUAGCUACAUUUUUGUGGGUAAGCCGAGAAAUUAAAGUUGCAAUUAGGAGAGAAAUUUCUCCAUUACAUGUUUUGGAGGCACCACAUGGAAUGUUCAUACUCGUUUACGAGUGUCAUGAUGUAGCAUUAUUUAUCCGGGAGUGGUUCUGCUAUAGGACAGUACAGUGAAACAAUUUUACGAAUAAGAACUUGAUUUAUGGUUGGCAAUUAAAUACUGAGUUCCAAAUAUGAUGGUUAUCAAAUUAAGAUGGUUUAUCGAAGCAUUUUUAACAGAAACAGUAAUAAAGAACAAAAUAAACAAACAAACAUGGUGUAACAUUACUUUUUCUCAAUUUUAGCUCCUCGUCCGUACCAAGAGAGUAUUGUUUAGAGGUCAAGAGCGUCCAUAAAUAAGGAGGGCAAUAAAAAGACCUUGGGUGAUAAGAAUUUCAAUACCAACUGUGCACCAAGGCCUGCUUCAUUUUCUUAAGACAAAAGUACUGCUAGCUUCAAAGUAGUGGCAAAAACUGCCAAGAAUCGUGCAAAGGAGCCUUCAGAAGAACCUGCACAGAAACGUGCCAAGGGACCUUCAAAGGUCAUAUAUAGGACGUAA